AUGACAGGAACAAACGAUUGGGUAGGUCUCUUACAACAGCCAACGGCUUUUGAACAUUUACAAGAUAUGGUAUUGAUUCCGCUCGUCGCUUACCCCACCAGUUUGCGCAAUGUAGUGCUUGUGUGCAUGGAACAGUUCUCUGCAUACCAACAAGCUCUAUUCGACGCCAGCGAAGGGCAAGGUGACACAUAUGCGGGCACUCGCAACAACUUUUCCGUCUUUAUCGCGACGAUGAUGGAAAACCAUUCUGGCGUAAAAAUGAGAAAUGGCGUAACAUUUGGAAUUGAAGAGGGAAAAGGUCCCGAAACCAGUUUUCUUGCCACGACUCGAAUAUGGGAAAGAGUUUUGAAAAAAUCGAAUAUCGAACGACAGCUGGCGGCUGUGCUUGAAUAUGCUAGAGAUGGAAAUGUUGGGGCUGGUUCCCUGCUGAAUUCCAUUGCCGCGAAUUUGGAAGAUCAGAUGCUGCGCUUUGAGACGUGGUCCUCUGAUGUUGACGCGAAGACUGGGACUCUGGGAGAAGAGCCUUUUCCGGGUGCCUUCUCAGACGAUGCGAAUUGGUGCUUUGGCCUAGUCAAGGAACGACUGUUGAAGAUUCUGGAGCUGGCAGGGAGAGUGUCAGAUGGUUUGAGUGCCGUAUUCGGGGUCUUGCGGGACCUGAUAGCUCAAAGAUUACAAGUGCCUGGUCGUCACGUUUCUAGGACCAUCAGCGAGAUCGAUCCAGUACUGCAGAGUCUGGAUGUUAUGGUUCGUCAGGUACUGCAAUCCCAAGCUGUCUUUCGAAAGAAGAGUAACUACUGGGAGCAUCGGCAGAAGAUCCUGCAAGCCAAUGAUGCCGGACGCUCGUCUGGCCCAUCCGAUCUACCGACGCCAAGCCCAUCCAGAACUUCUAAUGAGAGCCCAAGUUCCAUAAGCUACCCUGACAGGAUUAUACGACCUGAGAUAGCAGUUAGUGACUCCGACAAAGGCAAGGGCCCUGAGGAUGUCACUAGGAGGACCUCGAUUCCUGAAAUUACACAUUCGAGUUUGGCCGACAGAGCGAUUGCCAAACCCAAAGGCUCCGAGAGGACAUGGCAGGGAAAGCCGCCACCAAUAAAUAGCCAGAUAUCUGUCGCUUAUCAAGCCGAUCGACUAAAAGCUAAACUCGAAAUGCUUUUAGAACGCCACUUCCAUGACAAGGACUGGAUACAGAAAUUAGACAACGAGAUCAGUGUGAUUCUCGACGAAGAAUCUUUAAGAGCCAUGUUUAACUGCUCGUGUGAGAUUUGCAUACCAGCUCGGGGACUGGCGACUUCUUCAUCCAACCGAGGUGGAGAAUUGCAAUUGGACGGGGUUGGGGACUCAUUGCGGCUACUGGCCACGUGUAUCCUCGCCGAAAAGCCGUUCCUGAUCAUCUUGCUGCUCUCUGUAGAUAUCGACGAUGAUGCAUUUGAGGAAUGUAAGUCUGAAACGCAACUGGUCGGCUUGGCUCGCAUCGCACUCGUCGACGCCAGAAUCCUUCUCCAACUUAAAGGGCUCUUUUUCGGAGUCGGCAUAAUGCGAUACCUGAGAUCAUCAAGGAAAGAAGACAUACCACAGGAAGCGGAAAGAGCAUGGAUCUUGACUGAAAUACUAGAGCUCACCAGGAAGCUUUCAUUCCCUACUGAUGCCUUCGACGAGGAAAUUCGAGAUAUGAUGAUCGGGCAACUUACAUUUGCUACCACAGCACAAAUGGCAACGGACCGGACAAUAUCUAGCCAGUCACUUGGUUUCAUUAUCAUGGACAUGAUUUGGUUCCUUCUAGCUCAAGCUUUCGAAGUUGCUUAUAUCUUGAUCCAGCCCACUGGGCGACUUGGGUUAAAUGGGACCCCGGGGGAGAAUUAUGCAUAUGCGGACCUGCAUUUGAGGAGACUAUGGACGGUUGAAGCUCCAGGGGACUCGUCUCGGGGGCUUGACCGUAGUCGAAAUAAAAGUCUGGAUGCGAGCACUAAGGAGACUGCUGGCGAAAUAGCGGACUUGGGUAAUUAUGUUGAGAUGGGUAGAAUGUCUUUAAAUGGCUUAAGUAUCGCAAGAUACAAGAAAGAAGGUGUUGGGGAGGUAGAAGCCGGAUGCCGAAUCCGCAUCUAUAAGUCGCCUAACAGACAGCGUAUGCGUUUUGUUAUUUGUGGCUUCGAAAAAGACCCGAACCGACACACUUCUUUUCAAGCUUUGACUGAAAAUCUUAUAUUCGUUCCGUUGUAUUGCUAUGGCAGCCAUCCCGGAGAAUUCAGUGCCAAGCUCCAGCCGAAGUCAGGGUCGACGAAAGAUAUCAACAUCCCAUAUAUAUUCACAUUCCAGAGACCAAUUCUUCCGACUUCUUGGACGAGAACGUUAUUUACUUGA